AUGGCUAAUUACUCUCGGCCCCACAUCUGUCAGUGUUUGACCCGACUAGCCUCCGCCAAACGAAACGCCGUCGUCACAGUUUACGGUCACCGGAGACGCACCGGCGGAGAGUUCGUCGACGGCGUACUCAGCCUCGCCGCCGGAUUGAUUCGUCUCGGCCUCCGAAACGGCGACGUCGUCUCUAUUGCUGCUCUUAACAGUGAUUUGUUCUUGGAGUGGUUAUUAGCUGUUGCAUUGGUUGGAGGAAUCGUUGCUCCUUUGAAUUACAGAUGGAGCUUGAAAGAAGCAAAAAUGGCAAUGUUACUAGUAGAACCUGUUCUUUUGGUUACUGAUGAGACUUGUGCCUCGUGGUGCAUUGAUGUUCGGAAUGGCGAUGUACCUUCGUUGAAAUGGCGUGUAUUGAUGGAGUCUACCUCAACAGAAAUUUCGAAUGAAAAUAACCAAUUUUUGACAACCGAGAUGCUUAAAAAUCACGCCUUGGUGCCUUCCUUAUCGACAUACGCUUGGGCUCCUAAUGAUGCUGUAGUGAUAUGCUUCACUUCUGGUACAACGGGAAGUCCCAAGGGCGUGACGAUAAGCCACUUGGCGUUCAUCACGCAGUCUCUAGCUAAGAUCGCUAUUGUUGGCUACGGUGAGGAUGAUGUGUAUUUGCAUACAUCACCAUUAGUUCAUAUCGGCGGUCUGUCAUCAGCCAUGGCAAUGCUAAUGGUUGGAGCUUGCCAUGUUCUGCUACCAAAGUUUGAUGCCGAAACAGCCCUUCAAGUUAUGGAAAAAAACCGUGUGACUUGCUUCAUCGCUGUCCCAGCUAUGAUGGCUGAUCUAAUUUGUGUCAACAGGACAACGAAAAAUGGAGUUCAAAAUCGCGGUGUGAGAAAGAUACUAAACGGAGGAGGAUCAUUAUCGAGCGAACUCCUAAAAGAUGCCACAAAUAUCUUCCCAAGCGCGAAAAUACUCUCAGCCUAUGGGAUGACAGAGGCGUGCUCUUCGCUUACAUUCAUGACUCUCUAUGAUCCAACACUAGAGUCCUACAAACCGAUAUUUCCUUCGGUUAAUAGAACAAAGCAAGGCACAUCUGUUGGAAAACCAGCGCCACAUAUCGAACUGAUGGUUAAGCUCGACGAAAAUUCAUCGAAGGUCGGGAAAAUUCUAACUCGCGGACCACAUACAAUGCUUGGAUAUUGGGGUCAUCAAUUAGUUCAAGAAAAUGUUGCAGCAUCAGAAUCUAGUAGCAAUGAAGCUUGGCUUGACACAGGUGAUAUUGGGACCAUCGAUGAGUUUGGUAACUUAUGGCUCAUAGGUCGGUCCAAUGGAGGAAUGAAAACUGGAGGCGAGAACGUUUACCCCGAAGAGGUCGAAGCUAUUCUGUUAAAGCAUCCUGGGAUUGUGUCUGUAGUGGUGAUAGGCAUCAUUGAUGUUCGUCUUGGAGAGAUGGUCGUUGCUUGUGUCCGUUUACAAGAGAAUUGGAUAUGGUCUGAUGUGGAAAACCGUAACCGAGAUUUCGAAUUGUCUAGUGAGACACUCAAGGAUCAUUGUAGAACACAGAAUCUAACCGGGUUUAAGAUUCCGAAGAGAUUUGUCCGGUGGGAGAAGCAGUUUCCGAUGACAACAACUGGGAAAGUGAAAAGAGAUGAAGUUAAGAGACAAGUUAUGUCUCAUUUCCAAAUCUUGACUAGCUCUCUCUGA